AUGGUACAGAUUCGCCGCAAGGAAAAAGAGUUCUACCUUAGUUGGAAAUUCAUCACUAGUUUCUGUACUUUGCUAAGAUUCCUCUAUCCUCGAUUUGAGUAUGCAGCAAUUCUUACUAUAUGCACAAUUAUUGCCGCCGCCGGAUUAGUGUUUUUUAUAUUACAAAAAUUACUAUCAAUAAUGAAGCCUUUUGAGAAAUGCUACAUCGGGCUCGAGGUAUUUGAUGAGGUUGUCAGUUACCAAUCGGGUACAAUCAUUGGAAGUUUUUAUAUGGCACUACUGAACAAGGAUGAGCCCUAUUUCUGGCAGCUAUUUUGGAAGGCGACAUUGAUCUAUCUGGGACAGUGUCUGCUCUUAGCUACGACUACGUUCCUCUGUUGGCUGUUGUACGUUUGUAUGCGAAAAAACCUGGUCACUGCAUUACACAAGAUGUACUACCACAAAAAUGUGUAUUAUCAAUUGAAUUCCGUUGAUAACGCCGGAAUUGACAACCCGGAUCAACGAAUUACGCAAGAUGCAGAGCGGAUGUGUUCAACACUCGCUAAAAACGUUUUCCCUUACAUCCUUAUUUCACCAGGAGUUAUCGCUUAUUACACCUACAAAACUUGGGUAAUAGCUGGGCCAUUUGGAGUUGCCAUAAUCUACGUAUACUUCGUCAUUGGAGUCAUAAUCAACCGCCUACUUGUUUCACCGUUAACGAAAUGGACCGCAAGAGUAGAACGAGCGGAAGGUGACUUCAGAUACAAACACGUCUCCGUACGGAACAAUGCCGAAGAAUCUGCUUUCUAUAAUGCAGCGGAUUUCGAUAAGAAUGAAAGUGACCGCUUCCUUAUGUUUUUACUGAAAAGGCAACUGGCGGCUACCUUAUGGAAGUACCCAGCACAAUUUCUACAAAACUUUUUCGACUACUAUGGCGCUAUUCUCAGCUACCUUAUUCAAGCGUUCCCAAUAUUUGUUUUCCUCAGUUAUAAAGAUCUGGAUCCUGGAGCGCUAAGUAAACAGAUCAGUAAUAACGCCUUUUACUUCAUUUAUCUGAUCAACAGUUUCACUCGACUGACAGAUUUAGCUAUGAAUAUUGGAGAAAUGGCGGGCUACACUCAAAGGAUAGCGGAGCUGGUUCGCUACAUGAAAAGAGGUCAUGAAGAAGAAACAACCUUCUGGAGUUGUGGCAAUGGCGAAGAAUCUUCAGAUCUUUUAGUGGCUCAAAACUUAUCCUUCUCCGUUCCUACUGAUCCCGACAGUGUGAUUGUAGCAGAUCUCAACCUUCGAGUUCCUAAAAACAAAACUCUUCUUAUAACUGGCAGCAGCGGUGUUGGAAAGUCGUCACUGCUGAGAGUUAUCAAGAAAUUAUGGGAACCGCGCUCCGGCACGAUUGUCAGGAAUUUCACUCACAAUAAUGCUAUGUUUUUGCCGCAACGACCAUAUUUUCCACCUGGGUCAUUGUCUAUACGACAGCAGAUAAUUUUCCCACGACUAGAGCGUUCAAUGCCAUGCAUAGAUCUAGAGAACGAUAGAAUUCUUAAUAUUUUACAUUCGUUGAAACUGAAUACACUGGUGUCAAUGUGCGGUGGUUUGACCGACCCUGCCACAUUUGAAUGGCAAGACACACUUUCUCCUGGUGAACAGCAGCGACUGUCCAUUGCAAGAGUACUGUUUCAUCGACCGCCCUUUGUGUUUCUGGAUGAGGCAACAAGUAGCCUUUCUAUUGAUGCCGAGGCUGCGAUAUAUACACUCUUAAAAGAGGAAGGAAUAAACUAUAUCUCCACCGGGCAUCGGAAAUCGCUGAAGGAGUUCCAUGACUGGGAGCUGCAUCUAAAAGGAGAAACCGGUUGGGAGUUAACCUCUGGAGAAGAACAGAAUAGAUUGUGA